AUGUCGUCUCCNCAAAUUCCCGAGAAGCAAUGGGCUCAGGUCAUCGAGAAGACUGGCGGCCCCCUCCAGUACAAGCAGAUUCCCGUUCCCAAGCCUGGUCCUGAUGAGGUUCUCGUCAAUGUCAAGUACAGCGGUGUCUGCCACACAGAUCUUCACGCCCUGAACGGCGACUGGCCCCUUCCAACCAAGCUUCCCCUUGUUGGCGGUCACGAGGGUGCUGGUGUCGUCGUCGGACGUGGUGAACUCGUCAGCGAGGUCAACAUUGGUGAUCACGUUGGCAUCAAGGUAUGUAAAGACUGUCACUCUACAACUGACUUGGCUGACCACGAUGCUAGNUGGAUCAACGGUUCCUGCCUUUCCUGCGACUUCUGCAUGCAAUCGGACGAGCCCCUCUGCCCCAAGGCCACACUCUCGGGAUACACCGUCGAUGGCUCGUUCCAGCAGUACGCUGUAGCAAAGGCAGCACACGUUGCUAGACUCACAAAGGAUACUCCNCUCGAUGGUGUUUCACCCGUCCUGUGUGCUGGUAUCACCGUCUACAAGGGCAUCAAGGAGUCUGGCGCUCGCCCUGGCCAGACAGUAGCCAUUGUCGGUGCUGGUGGUGGUCUCGGCUCGCUCGCUCAACAAUACUGCAAGGCCAUGGGUAUCCGAACCAUCGCCAUCGAUUCCGGUGAGGACAAGGAGAAGAUGUGCAAGGAGCUGGGCUCGUACGCAUUCGUCGACUUUAUGAAGAGCAAGAACGUCGUCAAGGAUGUCCAGGCCGCCACUGAAGAUGGACUUGGUCCCCACGCUGUCAUCCUGGUCGCCGUCAACGAGAAGCCCUUCCAACAGGCCGCCGAGGCCCCCGUCUUCGAGUCCGUCAUCAGAAUGAUCACCAUCAAGGGCUCAUACGUCGGCAACCGCAGAGACACGGCCGAGGCCCUCGACUUCUACGCCAAGGGCUUGAUCAAGGCACCCUUCAAGGUCGUCGGUCUCUCCGAAUUGCCCAAGGUCUUUGAGAUGAUGGAGAAGGGACAGAUCGCUGGUCGUUACGUCCUCGACACUUCCAAGUAA